AUGAGUAUAAUUAAAGGAGAUCGGAAGAGUGUAACGUCAGCAGCCGCUGUUGACAGCAGCGGUACCACCACCACAGCGAGCAACAACAAAAACGUCCAGUACUGUGUAAUGGCAUUUCCCAACGCCGGAGAGGGCGUCUCAGUUUCCAUAAGCGGCCAAACUUAUACCCUACAAUCGAACAAUGACCACCCAAACCUCUUUUGUGGAAGCGCACCUUACGGCCAAGUCUAUCAGUACGCCUACACCGACAGCUCCGGAGCUGUCACAAAGAGCGAAGAGCAAAGACGAUCGCUGUCACCCAAUGCAGCAACGACUGGAAAUGAGUUCUUUGAUAGAGCGCCUACAGUUUACAGUGUGCCCGAAUUACCUCAAGCAUUUCAUCCAAUCUAUCCUCCUCUCUUUACAAACAUGAACAACUCGAAUGAAGUCGCGACCAUGAUAUUAAAUGUCGAUGAGCAAGCAUUUGGCGAGAUUUGUCGAACUCCUCUUGAAAAACACCACAAGGGUGCACAAGUGUAUAAGUUAACCUAUAUCAGCAAUUCAGAAAUCCAUACAAUCACAAAUGCUGCAAUUGACAAUAGCGGCCAGUCCACAAAAGAGUUUGCCCGGCAAUCAUUUGAAAUUGACUUUAACAAGUUUGUUACGGAUAAAAAUCUUCCCAAGCAGCUUCUUUUUGGUCGAUCCGUCGUCAAAUUGCGCGGUGAACAAACCGAUGGUUCGUUCAUACUAAGAAUUUUGCUAAUCAAGAUUAUUUCCAGGCGCGAAAAACUGGUGAUGGACAUGCUGGCUGCAGCGGGUGCCGCCACAUCCAUGAGUAGUUGGGUGCGCGUGUUUGUUAAUGACACACCGCUCGGGUUGUUUUUGAUGACGGACGAUGCGUCAACCCAUUUUAUUGACAACGUGCUUCACGGAGGCGACUGGUCGUACGCCAACACUGGACCAACGUACAAAGGAAAUUCCCUUGAUGACCAGCACUGUGCCAACCUGGAAUAUUUGGGCGAUGAUACUGCUGCCUACAAAAAGGACAUCUACAAGCUUAAAGACAAGGGCGAAGCGAAGGACUUGAAGAAGGGAAACAAGACGCUGCCAUUAGUUGAAUUCACCCGACAGCUUGCCAAGAUUGACCCCAAACAAGCCACGGAUGCUCAAAAUAGAGGCGAUCUGGAAAAACUGAUUGAUCCAACAAACUUGAUGCUGCAUAUGGCGAUCAACUAUCUGGUUGGUUCCUGGGACGGGUUCUGGUUCCAGGCCUCCAAUUUUUACCUGAACCAAGAUUUAGCAACCAAACAAUGGGCGUUGAUUGCAUACGAUUUCGACGAAACGUUGGGAAAUGGCGUUGAAACGGCUGGAUUCGUCAAUGUUCGCUACGAAGCAUAUACACCCUCAUCUGCCAAACGACCGCUCGUAGACGCAAUCCUGGAAUCGCCUUACUAUCGUAACGAGUUUGAAACUAUCUUGAAGACGUUGGUCAAGAAAUUCUUCAAGCCAAGCGUGAUCAAGCCGCGGCUGGAAGCAUGGAUCAAAAUGCUGAGACAAGAUGUUGGCUGGGAUCGAUCUUUACCGGAUACUUCACCGGGUAAAAAAGUGACAUGGACCGUUGCAGAUAUGGAAGCUGGUGCCCUCGGUAUUAGUGCGACAAAAGGAGCCCAGGUGGGCAACUCCGAUCUGAGCUUGAGCAUUGUCGACUGGGUCCAGCAGCGUUCAGAAUUGGUGUGCAAGCAAUUCGGUAUCUCGGAUAACGAUGAUCUCUUACCGAUCGGGACAUAUACCGGUGGUCGUGUUAUGGAUGGAUCGGGCCAUGUUACAGAUCGCGCUGCCAUCACGUCGCCACAGCAGCCUGGCAGCAAGGAUGACAGUGUCCCUCCAGCAGGCGAUUCAACGGUGGCUUCUUCAGCGGCUGCAGGCGUUGUUGUACCCCAACACACGAUGCCACUUGCUAACACGUUUUUGUCUCUGACUCUUUGCUUUGCCAUUGCCGUCGCAUCAUUACUCGCCUAAACUCACCUCUUCUUAAAUACAUUACAUAACUGCACUAAGCAUAAUUAAUUAAUUUUCAAUCU